GGGAACCCAAUAUAUGAAACUUACUACAAACAGGUAGAUCCAACAUACACAGGGAGAGUUGGGGCCAGUGAAGCUGCUCUGUUUCUGAAAAAGUCUGGUCUGUCUGAUAUCAUCCUGGGAAAGAUAUGGGAUUUGGCUGACCCAGAGGGUAAAGGAUACUUAGAUAAACAGGGUUUCUACGUCGCGUUGCGCCUCGUGGCGUGUGCACAGAACGGCCACGAUGUUAACCUGAGCAGUCUCAACCUGACUGUGCCACUUCCUAAAUUUCAUGACACUAGCAGUCCUUUGGGGAUCACACCACCUUCCACAGAGACUCACUGGGCUGUUAGGGUGGAAGAAAAAGCAAAGUUUGAUGGUAUUUUUGAAAGCCUUUUGCCAGUAAAUGGUUUACUUUCAGGAGACAAAGUAAAACCAGUACUGAUGAAUUCAAAGCUACCUCUCGACAUCCUUGGAAGGGUCUGGGACCUCAGUGAUAUUGACAAAGAUGGGCACCUGGACAAGGAUGAGUUUGCUGUGGCAAUGCAUUUGGUGUAUAGAGCUCUUGAGAAAGAGCCAGUUCCUUCACUAUUGCCUCCUUCUCUCAUACCACCUUCUAAAAGAAAGAAGACUCCAGUCUUUCCUGGGGCAGUUCCUGUUCUCCCUGCAAGUCCUCCCCCAAAAGAUAGUCUACGUUCCACCCCCUCCCAUGGCAGUGUCAACAGCCUGAACAGCACAGGGGAUUUGUCUCCCAAGCACAGCAUCAAACAAGCACAGCCAACUGUGAACUGGGUAGUACCAAUGUCUGAAAAAGUGAGAUACGACGAAAUCUUCUUAAAAACAGACACAGACAUGGAUGGGUUUGUGAGUGGCCAAGAAGUAAAGGACAUUUUUAUGCAUUCAGGUCUGUCUCAGAAUCUCCUAGCACAUAUAUGGGCUUUGGCAGACACAAGGCAGAUGGGAAAGCUCAGCAAAGACCAGUUUGCACUUGCCAUGUAUCUCAUUCAACAGAAAGUCAGCAAAGGGAUUGAUCCUCCACAAGUGUUAACCCCAGAUAUGAUCCCUCCCACGGAGAGGAACACUCCCAUCCAGACUCUGUCAGGUUACUUGACCCCUGUAGGAUCUGAGAUCUCAGCACUAACAGAAAUGCGUCGCGACAGUGCAAGUUCUGUUGGAUCAGGAGAAUUCACAGGGGUGAAGGAGCUGGAUGAUAUUAGUCAAGAAAUUGCACAGCUGCAGAGAGAGAAAUAUUCCCUAGAACAGGACAUUAGGGAAAAGGAAGAAUCAAUCAGACAGAAAACCAAUGAAGUUCAGGAACUGCAAAAUGACUUGGAUAGGGAGACAAGUACCUUGCAAGAGUUAGAGGCUCAGAAACAAGAUGCCCAGGACCGUCUGGACGAGAUGGACCAGCAGAAAGCCAAACUGAAGGAUAUGCUGAAUGAUGUCAGGCAGAAGUGCCAGGAAGAGACACAGGUGAUUUCAUCACUAAAAAUGCAGAUUCAAUCUCAGGAAUCAGAUUUAAAAUUACAGGAAGAUGAUCUUAACAGGGCAAAAGCAGAGCUGAAUCGCCUCCAGCAAGAAGAGACUCAGCUAGAGCAGAGUAUCCAGGCUGGAAAAGUACAGCUUGAAACAAUAAUCAAGUCUUUAAAAUCAACACAGGAAGAAAUAAACCAGGCAAGAAGUAAACUCUCCCAGCUGCAAGAGAGUCACCAGGAAGUCAACAGGAGCAUAGAGGAAUACCAUGAAGCUCUCAAUGGGAUCCAUGGGGGGAGCCUGACCAACUUAGCAGACAUGAGUGAAGGCCUUGGGCAGACAGAAAGAAGCAAUUAUGGAGCUGUGGAAGAUCCAUUUAAGAACAAAGCCUUGAUGUUUGCCAAUAACACCCACGAGUUGCACACAGACCCAUUCCAGUCAGAAGAUCCUUUCAAAUCUGAUCCAUUUAAAGGAGCAGAUCCCUUCAAAGGCAGUGACCCCUUCCAGCAUGAUCCUUUUGCAGAACAAGCACCUGCUCCAGCAGAUCCCUUUGGAGGUGAUCCAUUUAAGGAAAGUGACCCAUUUCGUACUUCUGCCCCUGAGGAUUUCUUCAAGAAACCGGUGAAGAGUGACCCAUUUACCUCAGAUCCAUUCACAAAACCUCCUGCUUUGCCCUCAAAGCCCGACCCCUUUGAAAGCACUGAUCCCUUUACGUCUUCCAGUAUCUCCUCAAAAGGCCCAG